AUGUUUAUAAAGAGUGGAAAUGGUCAGGGGGAGGGAGAGAACAUCAAAGGAAUGUUUAUAAGCAGUGGGCGUAGCCAGUUUGCAAGUUGGCUGAUCCCGAGGCCAAGUCACGUGGAUGAUGGUGAUCUUAAGGGAAUGGCGAGACCAGUGAUAGGCAGAGAGGAUGAUGGGAAUGAUGGGAGAAUCUCUCUGGGAGUAAUGAACCACAAGUUAGACAAGAUGGGUGAUAAUAAAUUACGUCUUGACCACUUAAGUGGCCGUCAAAGGAAGACUUAUAGUGAAGAUAACAGCUUUGACCUGACACAAAGCGAUAUUAACCUCGCCCAAGACGGUUGGCCUGACAAUGAACCGGCUUACUCGGUUCGUCCAAUCCCUAGAAAGCGUGGAUAUCCAGACUUCAGUUCACAAUAUGGCGGCAGUCUUCACUUUCGAUCUUGGAGCAGAAACGAACAAUUAAGGUUAAAUCGCUUCAGUCCUCCCAGGCGACAUUUCCGACGGCCUACAGUAUCUGUGACAGUGGACGGAACAAUCUUUGACCCGGAUGUCCUCUUCACACAAAAUAUCACCCCGGAACCGGAAAUGUCAGUGUUCAGGGCUUUGAUGUCUGCAGCAUUAACUUUUAGACGACAACAACGUGCAGGCGCAGAGAACCCGUUCAAUGUCAUGCUGGACUGGGACUACCAGAACGACUGUGAAGCUAUAGCGGACAUAUUUGGGAUGACGAACUCUGAUCGCCAUUUGUGGAGGAUUUACGUUCGAAGACGACGUGGUCGGGUGGUGUACCGUGGAGUCUGUUUCCCUCCAGAGCGUGUUUUAGUACGACCAGGAACACGGGUUACGUUACAAUACAGUUGA